UCCGCAGGCUUCAUCAUUCACGACUCAGACAAAACUUACAAUUUAUGGCUAAAAGAUCUAUACCCAUAGAAAAAGUCCAAACCCCGACCCGACCCGACCCGACGCCAUUGUUGACCCAGGCAGUGACGGUAAUGAGUGUGUAACAUCCUCACCGCUUCAUCAAUGAGAACCCAUUUGUCUACCUGCUAUGGCCUUCUCUUCAACACUUUGCCUCUAGCUUCUCCGCUCAGCAGACUAACCAUGGCAAGAAGCAAUACAUCAAAGCCUAAAGUCGACAAAAUUCAACAGCUACUUCAUUCUGACCCUUCUGGUGGUUGGGAUAAAUGUUGGGAGAAAGGAGUGACACCUUGGGAUUUGGGUCAGCCUACCCCAAUUCUUGUUCAUCUUCAUCAAACAGGUACCCUUCCUAAAGGCAGGGCUCUGGUCCCUGGUUGUGGCAGUGGUCAUGAUGUGGUGGCAAUUGCUAGCCCUGAACGCUUUGUUGUUGGCUUGGAUGUAUCAGAAAAUGCUAUUAAGCAAGCUACAAAACUGUUCUCAUCAUCAAAAAGUGCGGAGAAUUUUGUUUUCCUGGAGGCAGAUUUCUUCUCCUGGCGUCCCACUCAAUUGUUUGAUCUUAUCUUUGACUACACUUUCUUUUGUGCCAUUGAGCCAGAGAUGAGAUCAAGAUGGGCCAGUAGAAUUCGAGAUCUUCUAAAACCAGAUGGGGAGCUUAUAACACUGAUUUUUCCGAUAAGUGACCAUGAAGGCGGGCCUCCAUAUAAAGUAUCAGUUUCCGAUUAUGAAGAAGUCUUGCAUCCGAUGGGGAUCAGGGCAGAGUCAAUUGUGGAGAAUCACUUGGCUAUUCCACCGCGGAGAGGAAGAGAAAAGCUGGGAAGGUGGAAGAGAUCAAUAUGCAAGUCCUUGCUCUAAAUAUCAUUUCACCUUGCAGUGGCAUACGCAAGAUUUUCUAUAAGUAAUAUCGACAUUCAAAGGAAGUGAACAAAUAACAAAUCAUUAUAUCGUCAUAUUACUAAUCGUAUUAAGAAAACACAACUCAUGUGUAAAUUACUAUAAUUCUCCUCAGCGAGUUUUCAUAUUAUGAAAUGUAUUUAUGAUUGCCUCAUCAGAAAUAAUAUUGAAUGCUUCUUUUUCUGUA